CGGUACACGACACCUGUGGGAACCUAGCAACCUCCUAGGAACCAGGCCAAAGUUCAACGAAGGGGAAAGGACCACCCUCGCUGUUCAACAGCGUUGUUAUCGCCGCUCUGAGCAGAGCAGUUGCGAGGUUGGCGGACCAACAGACACCAUCAGCUUUCUGGGUGCAAGACCCUAUAUCGCAGCAUUCACUAGAUGUUCCUUUUUCCCGUCUUGGCGCACCUGUUGCAAUUACAUCCUCUUGAGAAACUUGGCGGCCAACUCUGCAACUUGGUUGCGGUUCGCCCGGUUCAUCAGUUGUUCGCGCAGGCUCAAAUCAGAAAUUACAGCGCCGUGGCCUUUGCAGACCUGACACUGAAGUCCCGCCAGUGGCACCUUUUUGGCCUCUGGACUUGUCGACCACAGGGAUACAAGCUCAGAGGGGUUUUCCCUUCCUCAGAUCACUCCGAAUUGAAAAAGAACUUUAGCCUCAGUUUUGAAACUAUAUCACAGAGCCCUCCAGUGAAGGUCCGGCUCAGCUUGCUUGGUGGUUUCAAAGGUGCUCCAUUUAAGUUUCUGUGUCAUGCGACGCGGUCAAAGAUGGUGGACGCGGCGGCGAUAGAGCGUCAGCUGGCAGAGCUAGAGGAGCCGGAGAAGCCGUACCCCGAGGAUUGCUGUGGGGGCGGCUGCGCGCCGUGCGUGUGGGACACGUACUAUGAGGAACUAGAGGCGUUUGAGAUGAAGAAGGAGGCGCUGCUUGAGGCAAAGGCGCAUUUGGAGCGGGAGUCUGAGCGAGAUACGAUAGAGGAGGGUAGGAAAGAAGAAAGUGCAGUUGAUGGGGAGGACAUUGGACAGCAUUCGGAGGCAUCGGCUGAUCGGGUGCAAAGCACGCCAAACAGGACUAUGAGGAGCCAGCAGUCAGCGUAG